AUGUCUGACGAUGAUGAUUUCAUGCAAGAUUCCGACCAGGAGGAUUAUGACUUCGAGUACGAAGAAAAUGAUGACGAUGAGGAUGAAGAUGUCGACAUCGAAAACAAAUACUACAAUGCCAAACAAUUGAAAUCUACCGAUCCCGAGGCUGCUAUUGAGGAGUUUCUAGGCAUUCCAGCUCUCGAGCAAGAGAAAGGUGAUUGGGGGUUUAAAGGCUUGAAACAAGCCAUAAAGCUUGAGUUCAAUCUUGCUUUAUAUGAUAAGGCUGUGGAGCAUUAUCGCGAACUUCUUACCUAUGUCAAAUCCGCGGUAACUCGAAACUACUCGGAGAAGUCCAUUAACAACAUCCUGGACUUUAUUGAAAAAAAGACUGAAGACGAUGCAGCCAGGAAAUGCAUGGAGGAGGUCUAUUCAAACACUCUUGAAUCCUUCCAGAGCACCAAUAACGAAAGAUUGUGGUUGAAGACCAAUAUCAAGCUGGCGAAACUCUUCCUCGACCGUAAGGAUUACGCUGCGACAACGAAGAAGUUACGAGAGCUCCGCAAGGCAUGUGAGUUAGAAGAUGGUACAGAUGACCCAAGUAAGGGUACUUACUCUUUGGAAAUUUACGCUUGUGAAAUUCAAAUGCAUUCUGAGACAAAGAACAACAAGCAAUUGAAGCGGUUGUACGAACGCGCUUUGAAGGUCAAAUCAGCAGUACCACAUCCAAGAAUCAUGGGCAUCAUUCGAGAAUGUGGUGGGAAGAUGCAUAUGGCUGAGGAGAAUUGGAAGGAUGCGCAAAGCGAUUUCUUCCAGUCGUUCAAAGAUUACGACGAAGCUGGAUCCCUACAGCGGAUCCAAGUUCUUAAGUACCUUGUUUUGACAACCAUGUUGAUGAAAUCCGAUAUCAAUCCUUUCGAAUCUCAGGAAACCAAACCAUAUAAGAAUGAUCCUCGUAUCGCCGCAAUGACCGAUUUAGUCGAUGCAUACCAAAGAGAUGACAUUCACAGAUACGAAGAUGUUUUAAAGAAUAACAAAGAUCUGAUGUCCGACUCCUUCAUUCGCGAAAACAUUGAUGAAGUAACUCGCAAUAUGAGAACCAAAGCAGUAGUCAAAUUAAUCGCACCUUACACCCGCUUCAAGCUUGAUUUCAUCGGCAAAGCCCUCAAAAUUCCAGUUUCGGAAGUUCAAGACAUCUUAGGCUUCUUGAUUGUUGACAAGAAAGUCAAUGCGAAAAUUAACCAACAAGAAGGAACAGUCGAAAUCGAGGAUAACAGUGAUGUGGAACGUCUCAAGGCAAUGCACGAAUGGACUACGGCUGUAGGCUCGCUGUAUGAGACUAUUUUCAAGGAGUGCGAGGGCUUUAGGAUGAAUGAUGUCAACCAGAUUGGGGAUAUAGAUAAGGAUGCAAAUUCUAUGGGAGGAUAUGCCCGAGCUGGUGAUGUGGGUUUAAAGUAUGGUGGACAGAGAGGAGGGAAACCUCUUGGAAAGGUUAAGAAGGGGUUUUUUUCAGCGGGGUUGUGA